CGAGAAAUGAAGACAUAUAUAAGCCAAAGUUUAUGGCGAAACUAUCAAACCCAAGAUCGUGACUAUUUCAAAUCUUAACAUAAGAUAUAAAUCUUCGUUUCUACUUUUUUUUCUUCCAUAAUAUAGUCAAUUCGUUUUCUUAAUUAGGGCUUCUUCUCUUUGUUUCUCCAAUCUUUAUUAGUUUAUUUAUUUAUUUUGGUUAUUGUAUACAAAUGGCAAUGGCUUUAAACAUGAAUGCUUACGUAGACGAGUUCAUGGAAGCUCUUGAACCAUUCAUGAAGGUAACUUCAUCUUCUUCUACUUCGAAUUCAUCAAAUCCAAAACCAUUAACUCCUAAUUUCAUCCCUAAUAAUGACCAAGUCUUACCGGUAUCUAACCAAACCGGUCCGAUUGGGCUAAACCAGCUCACUCCAACACAAAUCCUCCAAAUUCAGACAGAGUUACAUCUCCGGCAAAACCAAUCUCGUCGUCGCGCUGGUAGUCAUCUUCUCACCGCUAAACCAACCUCAAUGAAGAAAAUCGACGUAGCAACUAAACCGGUUAAACUAUACCGAGGCGUAAGACAGAGGCAAUGGGGUAAAUGGGUAGCUGAGAUUCGGCUACCUAAAAACCGAACCCGGUUAUGGCUCGGUACGUUCGAAACGGCUCAAGAAGCUGCAUUAGCUUACGAUCAAGCAGCUCAUAAGAUCAGAGGAGACAACGCUCGUCUCAAUUUCCCAGACAUUGUUCGUCAAGGACACUAUAAACAGAUAUUGUCUCCGUCUAUCAACGCAAAGAUCGAAUCCAUCUGCAAUAGUUCUGAUCUUCCACUGCCUCAGAUCGAGAAACAGAACAAAACAGAGGAGGUGCUCUCUGGUUUUUCCAAACCGGAGAAAGAACCGGAAUUUGGGGAGAUAUACGGAUGCGGAUACUCGGGCUCAUCUCCUGAGUCGGAUAUAACGUUGUUGGAUUUCUCAAGCGACUGUGUGAAAGAAGAUGAGAGUUUCUUGAUGGGUUUGCACAAGUAUCCUUCUUUGGAGAUUGAUUGGGACGCUAUAGAGAAACUCUUCUGAAUCCAUUUUAUCUUUUUGAUUCAUUUGUCUCUAAAUUGUAGAAUUUUAUUUUCAGAGCUUUGUAAGGGAAGUUCUUGAAUGAGAGUUGC